CACGCACUGAACAACAUUCACUCACAAACAGAGGACAUGAGGAUGAAGCUUCCAAACCCGGGUCUGGACCAGCGGAUCCCGUCUCACGCUGAGCUGGAGAGGAUUGAGAAAGAGGAGGCUGGAGAGAGACCUCAAUGGGACAAUAAAACUCAAUACAUGCUGACCUGUGUGGGCUUCUGUGUGGGUCUGGGGAACGUCUGGAGAUUCCCGUACCUGUGUCAGAGUCACGGAGGAGGAGCUUUUAUGAUUCCGUUCCUGAUUCUUCUGGUGCUGGAGGGAAUUCCUCUUCUUCAUCUGGAGUUUGCCAUCGGUCAGAGACUCAGGAAGGGCAGCGUUGGAGUCUGGACCGCCAUUAACCCUUAUUUAGCCGGAGUGGGCAUCUCGGCUAUGUUGGUGUCGUUUCUGGUGGGGGUGUACUAUAACACCAUCAUGGCCUGGGUCAUGUGGUACUUCUUCAACUCUCUUCAGCACCCGCUGCCCUGGAGUCAGUGUCCUGUCAAUGCCAACGGAACCGGUCUGGAAUCAGAAUGUUCCGGCAGCUCAGCGGUGGAUUAUUUCUGGUACAGACAGACUCUGAACAGCUCGGCGUCGAUCGAGGACUCGGGUGGUCUGCAGUGGUGGCUGGUGUUGUGUUCGCUGUGUGCUUGGACCGUGCUGUACGUCUGCUGUAUCAGAGGCAUCGAGACAACAGGAAAGGCCGUGUACAUCACUUCCACGUUACCGUACGCCGUCCUCACCGUCUUCCUGAUCAGAGCGUUGACUCUUAAAGGAUCUCAGAACGGAAUCCUCUUCCUCUUCACUCCAGAUGUGAAUGAGUUAAUGAAACCGGCCACGUGGCUGGACGCUGGAGCUCAGGUGUUGUUCUCGUUCUCUCUGGCGUUUGGUGGUCUCAUCUCAUUCUCCAGUUAUAACCCUGUUCAUAAUAACUGUGAGCGGGACGCCGUCACCAUCUCUGUGAUCAACGGCCUGACGUCUGUGUACUCCGCCACUGUCAUUUACUCCAUCAUCGGCUUCAGAGCCACAGAGAAAUAUGACCACUGUCUGAAGAGGAACAUGUUGACGUUGAUGAAUGCGUUUGAUCUUCCGGAGGGAAACGUCACAGACGGUAACUAUGGUAACGUCCUCCAUCAUCUCAACAUGACAUCAUCAGAAGCGAUCGCUGGACUGAAGCUGAACACCUGUGACCUGCAGACUCUUCUCAGUGAGGGUGUGGAGGGCACGGGUUUGGCUUUCAUCGUCUUCACCGAGGCCAUCACCAAGAUGCCGGUGUCUCCUCUGUGGGCCGUUCUCUUCUUCAUCAUGCUCUUCUGUCUGGGACUGUCCACCAUGUUCGGCAACAUGGAGGGGGUGGUGGUGCCGCUUCAGGACCUCGAUGUUCUUCCUAAGACGUGGCCUAAAGAGAUCUUCACAGGUCUGACGUGUCUGGUGUCUUUCCUCGUGGCUCUUAUAUUCGUUCAGUCGUCUGGAAACUACUGGUUGACUCUGUUCGAUGGAUUCGCCGGCUCUAUUCCUCUGCUGGUCAUCGCUCUCUGUGAGAUCAUCGCUGUGGUUUACAUCUAUGGCAUCGACAGGUUCAACAGAGACAUUGAGUUCAUGGUGGGCCACAAACCCAAUCUAUUCUGGCAGAUGUGCUGGAGAUUUCUCAGUCCUCUCCUCAUUCUGAUCAUUCUCAUCUUUUACUUCAUAACUACAGUCAAUAAACAGCUCACGUACACUGUGUGGGAUCCUCACUGGAUGAAUUUUCCAACCCUUAAAAAGUUGACAUACCCUGACUGGAUCAAUGGCAUCAUCUUCGUACUGGCCGGUGUUCCCGGUCUGCUCAUCCCCGGAGUGGCCAUCUUUAAAUAUCUGUGGAAAUGUUUCCGCUCAAGAGAACAUGAACUCGAGGCAGAGAUGACCGUCAGCCUUUCUGAGAAACUUCAGAUGAGUGUUAAAACCUCACAAUAA